AUGGAAGAGAUAUGGAAAUAUAUCGUCGCAUCAUAUCCUACCCAGGGAAUAGAAUUUGUGGGCACAUUGCUCGUUCAAGUCGCUUCUUUCUGGCUCCCCUGCUUCGGCUACCUCUGCCUCGAUGUCCUAUUUCCCUCAUACUCGCGGCGGCAUAAGUUACAGCCAGCACCAAAACAGCCCAGUCGGAGCGAGAUUUGGCAUUGUUUUGUGGUUGUGACCCAGAACCAACUUCUUUCAUCAUGCCUACAUCUCUUUCAGAUCUAUGUUCUGAAACGCGGAGCUUCCUCGUACCGAAUCGAGUCCUCUCUACCGUCCCCGUCAGAGUUUGUUCGCGACUUUGCUCUGAGCCUUCUCCUUAGAGAAGCCCUGUUCUACUAUAGCCAUCGCUUCCUGCAUCGACCCUCCUUCUAUGCCAGGAUUCACAAGCGCCAUCACCGGUUCACAGCGCCCAUAGCUCUAGCGGCGCAAUAUGCACAUCCCAUCGAACAGGUCUUCGCCAAUGCGUUGCCGAUCUCUCUACCCCCGCAGAUCUUGGGGAGUCAUAUUCUGACCUUUUGGGCAUUCCUGGCUUACGAGCUCUUUAAUACCGCCACGGUUCAUAGUGGGUAUGACUUCUUCAAGAGCAAAGCGAAGAUGCAUGAUCUGCACCACGAGAAGUUCAAUUUGAACUAUGGGUCCAUUGGGCUUUUGGAUUGGCUGCAUGGGACGGACAAGCUUGAAACGAGACGGAAGGAUUAG